CGCCCUCGCCCAUUUGGUCUGAAUAAUUUACAACCCUUCUACCGUCGUGCAAGAGCAUUUAUUGUCUCGUACUUGUGUCUUGUUACAUUUGUGCACACUCUCUGUUCCUUGAACCAUAAUUUAUUUUGCAGGCAGAGACUGAGAGGCCUGCCACCAUUAAGUCAGUGUGUAGACAGUCCGGCCGGUCCCACAUCCUGCUCAGUAGCGUUGACGUGGAUUUUCAAAAUGGCGUACAAAUGGGAGACUCUGAAGGCUAUGCCUUCGAAAAGGGUUUUUGCCUCUUCUCUUGUUCAUGAAGAUAAUUUGUACAUCAUUGGUGGGUGUGAUGAAAGAGGAGUUCCUGUGGACAGUUUUGAAAUGUUCAACACAAAACAGAAGAAGUGGCAUCGUCUACAGAACAUCCCAACCAAGCGUGCUGCACCGGCAGUGGCCGGUAUCGGGAACAAAAUCGUUGCAGUGGGCGGAGUUGCAGAGUCCCAGAGUCCUCUGGAUGCUGUGGAGAUAUAUGAUAUGUCUGAGAAGAAAUGGCAAGUUGUAGAGUCUCUUGGGAAGAAACUGUUGGGCAUUUCUAGCUUCGUGAAAGACAACAAGGUUUAUCUCAUUGGAGGGAUGGCGGAAGACACAAACCCGACUGAUGCCUUCGUUGAGUUGGAUCUGGAGACAAACAGUUGGCAGAAACUUCCCGCGAUGAUCACCCCAAGAUAUGCAACAUUCUCCUUCCUCAUUGGAGACAAGGCAUAUGUUUUAGGUGGAAGACAAGGUAAGCUGCCAACUACAGCGUUUGAAGUGUAUGACUUCUCGACUCGACAGUGGCAAAAGUUGCCUGAUAUUCCCAGCAAGCGUGUGUUUGCCAUGUACGCGACAGAUGAGAAGAAUAUCUUCAGUGUUGGAGGCUUGCUGCAACCUGCCAGUCAGGGAUUUUCAGAUGUCUGUGAAAUUUACAACAUCGAAAAAGGAGAGUGGAGAGUUGGCCCGUCCAUGCCCACCAAGAGAGGAGACUUUGCUGUGGGCAUCGUUGGUGGCAAGUUGGUUUGUGCAGGAGGCCUAGGUAAUGAAGGCAAGCCUCUGAGUACGGUGGAAGUCUUUGAUGUGGACUCAAACUGCUGGAGCUCCGUGACAGACAUCCCGUCCACCCACUGUUCAUGCUCGUUCACCCUGUUCCAGGGACGUCUCUUCGUGACCGGGGGCCUCUCCAUGCGGGGACCCAGCAACUCUCUAGAGGCUUUAGAGUUCUCCUAGUUUUCUUAUCUCUCACAGAAAGGGGCAGAGGAUAGAUAUUGCUUUUUAUAACUAGAAAUUUUGGUGAAAGUUCUCAUGGCUCCAUUUGAUAGCCUUUUAACGGAAAGAGAACAUUGUCAGACAUGAAGAAUUGUGCUCUGAAAUUGUGAACUCUUCUCUCUUCAAAGAGAGUAUCAGCUCUUCAGAGAUGAGAGCACUGCUCAUCACAAAAGGUUUUGAAAUAAGGUUCUUGAUUUGUUCAAGUCAUGAAGUUGAUAGCUACUUUUGAUCUUCUGAUGGGUUUCUUUACAUGACAUAUUGCUUUUGUAUCCCUCAUUGCUUCCCUUAGGUCUCUAUAGUCUAAAAGGAUGUGUCUGUUUAACAUUAUAUCUAAGUGUAAAAAGUAAGUAGAAGUAUUUCCUUUGCCCUGUAAAUUUUGGAAAAUGUACUAAUUUGUGACAAAUUUUUCUUUCUUAUUAAUCUUCUUAUCAUUCUUGAUGCAAGAGUAGGAUCUAUGUUUGAAAAUAUUUACAUUUCAGCGCAUUAAGUACGGUACGAGAAAAGGUGUCAUUUUCUUUGUGAAUGUAAGACAUGAGUAGUUCAAAAAGAGAACCAAAUGCAAAACCAAAGUUGCACUAUGUUUACUUAUUCUUUUUAUUGACUUGGUAUUAGAUGUGAUCUAUGUUGCUUAAUUUUCCUUUCCCAUUUUGUAAUUUAUCUAAAUUACUUUUUCAUUUGUACCCUUGCAUCAGGGUUUUCUGCUACACCAAUGGGCACUUUUUCUGAAGCAUACGGAAAAAUGAAAUUUCUAGUGUUUGAAUUUUCAUUUUCUGAGAACCAUUUUUAUUGUUGUGUCUAUUCAUUUUUCUGUUUGGCUGAUAGUGCCGUAUAGGUUGUGGUAUUUAUUAGAAGUGCACCAUAUACUUGAAUUAUUGUAGUGCAGUAUUUAGGGCUCCAGUAUAGACGUUAUUCCUUAUGGUGGAAGCUGCUCCUGAAGUCUUGACUGUUCUCAAUUGUAACCCAUUUGUGACACAGGGUCAGAUCGUCCUGCUCUGUGCAUAGUUUGGGAUCCCUAGGGACAAAGAGUAGUAUUAGAUUUAGCGGACAGUUGCCCAUAAUUAGACCCCAUUUAUAAACACUACCAACUAUCUCAAAAA